GAGCGCAGGUGAACACUUUCACCGAACAUAUGUUCCAAAAAUUGAUCGAGACUCCUGAUUUUAGUAAGGAGGUAUUUAACGUCCAGGAUUAUGUAGACCGUCCACUCAAAGCGUAUGCAACAGAGAAAAAUAUCGACGUUCUCGCAACGUUCGAUGCAUACCUUUACAUCACUGAAGAUAGACCCAUGCUGCUAGAGAAGUUUUACGUCGUCAGGGAAAGUCGAGCACUCCUCAGCAGACAAACUUCUUCUAGAUACAAUAUAUUGAUGCUUGGCCUGAAGGUACCUGUUCAAUCUUCACAAUGCUCUUAUAAAACAGUCCGAUGGGCCGCAGAGAUUGCUGCGAUAGAAAAUAAUCAGAUUUUUCCCAAAUUCAACAUUCCGCCCGUAAAAAUCUUCUACGACAAGUCAAAACCUCCGUGUAGAAAUGUGUUUUCAAACAUACCACUAGCAGUCAGGCCGUUGGUCGAGAAGAGGUUGGAAGGUUUGGUAUCAGCGAAUAUCAUCGAACCUAUUGUAGAUGGCAUGGACACAUCAUUUUGUUCGUCAAUGUUGGUGGUCCCGAAAGGGACGAAUGACAUACGCCUGGUCGUCGAUCUCCGGGGUCCUAACCGAUGCAUCUACCGUACUCCAUUUGCAAUGCCCACUUUAGAAAAGAUUCUGGCAGAGUUGAAUGGCGCGAAAUGGUUUUCGACAAUUGAUCUGUCAAAUGCCUUCUUUCACAUGGAGCUUGAUGAAGAAUCCAGGCAUCUCACCAAUUUCUAUACGGAAUUUGGUAUGUUCCGUUGUGUGAGAUUGCCCUUCGGCCUGUGUAAUGCUCCCGACCUGUUCCAAGAGGCUCUACAACGCAAGAUCCUGGCUGGCUGUACAGGCUGUAAAAACUAUCUGGAUGAUGUGCUGGUCUACGGAAACACUAAAGCUGAACAUGAUAAAAACUUGAAAGAAGUGCUUGCACGCCUAGAAAAUCAUAAUGUUAAGCUAAACGACAGCAAAUGUAGGUUUGGCACUCAAACGGCAGAGUUUUUGGGAUUCACUUUGACUCCUGAAGGAUGGCUGAUCAAUGAAGAAAAGGUGGCAGCAAUUAAAAAUUUUCGAAAGCCUACUACGUGCUCCGAAGUAAAGAGCUUCUUAGGGUUGAUUACCUUCAUCGAUAAGUUCGUUCCUCAUCGUGCCACGAAAACGGAAUACCUUCGGAGUUUGGCCUCUUCUGAUUCUUUUUAUUGGACUGAUGACGAAGAAAUGGAAUUUAACUACUUCAAAGAAGAAGCACUUACUUCAAUCAAACGGCUAGGGUACUUCAACGCGGAUGAUCGGACUGAACUAUUUGUAGACGCAUCUCCAAUAGGAUUAGGUGCGAUCUUGACCCAAUUCAACGCUGAAGGAAUACCAAGAAUAAUCGCAUGCGCAUCUAAGGUACUAACCACAUCCGAGCAAAAGUACCCGCAGACGCAAAAAGAAGCGUUGGCGGUUGUGUGGGCAGUAGAAAAAUUUUCAUUCUACCUGUUGGCCAAAAGUUUUGUUAUUCGUACGGAUGCGGAGGCAAAUCAGUUCAUUUUUAAUUCUAACCACAGAUUGGGGAAAAGAGCUAUAUCUAGAGCGGAGAGCUGGGCAUUACGGCUUCAACCGUAUGACUUCACAAUUGAACAUGUGCCAGGUUGCCAGAACAUUGCAGAUGCUCUAUCUAGGUUAAUCCCGGCUUCACAGCAAGACAAACCAUUUGACGAAGACGAAGACAGCCACUAUCUGUAUGCUUUGGAUGUUAGCUGCAUGCAAAUGACCUGGAACGAAAUUGAAACUGCAUCGGAGAAAGACAAGGAGUUGGAAAUGGUUCGAGAUGCAGUAGCAACGAAGAAAUGGCCAGCGGAGCUCCGUGGGUACGAAGCACAGAGAAAAAAUUUGCGCACUUUAGGUUCGCUGGUAUUUAAAGAUGAUAGGACCGUUCUUCCGAUGUCACUUCGAAGCAAAGCGUUACAAUUGGCUCAUGAAGGUCACGUCGGAGAAGUUGCCACAAAACGAAUCAUGCGUCUGUUCUUUUGGUGGCCACGGAUGUCAGCGGAAGUGUCACGAUUCAUGAAAGGUUGUGAAACAUGUGCACAGUUAUCAAAGCGGAACCCACCAUUGCCUCUAGUCAGCAGAGAUCUACCUAAUGGGCCCUGGGAAAUCCUACAAGUUGAUUUUCUUUCGGUUCCAAAUUAUGGAUCUGGAGAGCUUCUUGUUGUUAUCGACACUUAUUCUCGAUACCUCUGUGUUGUUGAAAUGAAGGGCUUAGAUGCUAGUAGCACCAAUAAAGCACUUUGCGAAGUUUUCCAAAUAUGGGGAUGCCCAACUAUACUGCAGAGUGACAACGGCCCACCGUUUCAAAGUACCGAGUUCAUACAGUUCUGGAUAGGUAAGGGUGUUGAAGUACGUAAAUCAAUACCGUUAAGCCCACAAUCGAAUGGUUCUGUUGAAAGACAGAACCAAGGUAUAAUUAAGGCAUUGGCGGCUUCUAGGCUUGACGGUAUAAAUUGGAGACUUGCGUUGCAAAAUUAUGUCCACCGGCACAACACUCUAGUUCCCCACUCAAGGCUUGGUGUAACUCCAUUCGAGAUGAUGGUCGGAUGGAGGUAUCGCGGGACGUUCCCUUGCUUGUGGUCUCCUACUAGAUCCGGUGACCUUGAUCGUAAUGAAUUGGAAGAGAAAGACGCAGAAGCUAAACUUGCCAGCAAAACAUACGCUGAUUCCGUGCGGGGAGCUAAACCUUCGAACAUCCAGGUCGGCGACAUCGUUUUACUGGCACAAUCUAAGAAGAGCAAAGUUGAUCCUACAUUUUCUGCAGAGCGAUAUACGGUGAUUGCCAGAGAAGGUGCAAAGGUAGUCGUCAUGAGCAAAGCUGGAAUACAAUAUGCUCGAAAUAUGCGAGAAGUGAAAAAGGCUCCUGAAACUUAUAAAUCCAACGGUUAUUCUUAUCAGGCAUCGGAUGGAGAAGCAAUGGAAUCUCAACCCAAGGAACAAGCUUCAGACUCCUCUUUGUCCCGGAACCUACGACAAAGGAACGUUAUCAAGCGUCCUAAACGAUUUGACGAUCAGUUCGUUUACCGGGUUUUCUGGUAAGGAUGAUUCACUGAAAACAGAAGAAGAUUAGUGAUAGAAAUUUAUGAAAAACCAAUGCUGUAAGCAACUCAGAAACAUCCACUCAUAAAUGCAAAUGAAUUAAAAUACUUAAUGUGAAAUAAAUGCGAUUAAUUUUCUUUUCACUGAUGUUGUUC